CUAUUAGCAGCUAAAAGAGCCAUGGCUGUUGCAGAGGACAAGCCCAGCCCUAGAAAUGACAGGCUUAACGCCCGCCAACGUGCUCAGCAAUGGAUGACCAAAGGUGGACUGGUCCGAGAUGAUUCCGACGACGAGCUUGGAGAAGAGGAUCAUCCAUGGGAAUGGGUCUACGAGAACAAUGCAGAAUCCCUGGGGCAAAGAGAACUGAAUUUGAAUGGUGUGGAUGAGGAGGCGAGUCCUCGGAAACGUCCAUCUCGCACUGCUUCUAGACGACGGCGAAGGAUCAUCGGCGCACGAAUGGGAAGUUUCGAAUGCAGACUCGGCCAGGUUGUGCUAUUGAAAUCUCCGGAGCCCGGGAAAGACUGGGUUGGUAUUAUCACUGAGUUUUUGGAGGAGCCAGACGAGGACGAAGAGGAGAUGGUCAAAUCUGCCAACAUCAUGUGGCUUGCCUCUCCGGACGAGUUCAUGUCAACAAAGAACAAAAGGAGACCGGAUGCUCUUCCAAAAGAGCAGUAUCUGACAGUGGAUUUUAACGUGAACCCGCUGACUUCGAUCAACGGUAGAGCGACUGUGAUGUCCAAGGAUGCCUUCUACGCAAAGUAUCCAAAUGGGGCACCCCCCAAGGGAAAGGAUGCAUUGGCAGAAUACAAUAAAUGCGUUGUCUGCCGAAGAGGUGUCAAUCAAUUACAGGGAAGAUAUACAGAAGAGUUUAUCUGGGAAGACGUGUAUCGAGAGGAUAAGAUUUUUGAUCUGAUAGACAUGAUCAAGGAUGGAUUAAGAGCGGCCAAGAAACGCAAAGCAGACGACAGUGAUUAUAUUGAUACGAAAGCUGAAGAUGACGAUGCGCAGCCGAGUACGCCGAGGAAAAAGCACAAGGCAUCGAUGGCUGUAACUCCGCAAUCACGGCGCCGAAAGGCUCUUACAACACCAACUAGUAAGAGAAUUUUUGUCAAGAAGCCUCUGGAAUUCACGCCUCUCGGUACUCGCGUGCUGUCACCUUCGCACUUUGCUUCUCCCUACCGUCAAGCACGUACUCUCCUACAUGUCUCGGCUGUUCCUGCCUCUCUUCCUUGUCGAAAGAAUGAGUUCGACACAGUCUACAGCCACCUCAGUGCAGCCAUAAGUGAGGGGACAGGAACGUGUAUUUACAUCUCCGGCACCCCAGGAACAGGCAAAACAGCCACUGUGCGUGAAGUUGUCGCACAGCUGAAUGCAGCUGUGCUCGCCGAAGAGAUGGACGAUUUCAUCUUCGUCGAAAUCAACGGGAUGAAAGUCACAGAUCCACACCAAUCAUAUUCGUUGCUCUGGGAAGCUUUGAAAGGCGAUCGUGUGUCCCCUUCCCAUGCCCUUGACCUUCUCGAAAGAGAAUUUUCCCACCCAUCUCCUCGUCGUGUACCUUGCGUCGUUCUCAUGGACGAACUUGACCAAUUGGUCACAAGAAAUCAAUCAGUCAUGUAUAAUUUCUUCAACUGGCCUGCAUUACGGUACUCCCGCCUCAUUGUCCUUGCUGUCGCGAAUACCAUGGACCUCCCGGAACGAACGCUGAGCAACAAAAUCUCCUCCCGUCUUGGUCUUACCCGUAUCACAUUCCCGGGCUAUAAGCAUACGGAUCUAAUGGAGAUCAUAAGCUCCCGUUUAUCCAACGUCCCGGGGAACAUCGUCGACCCGGACGCCAUUCAAUUUGCCAGCCGCAAAGUCGCAGCUGUCAGUGGAGAUGCUCGUCGUGCUCUUGACAUCUGCCGUCGAGCAGUUGAGAUCGCAGAACAGGCCAAUGAAGCUGCUAUGGCAGCAGACUCAAUAAAUUAUGCAGAAGAUACAGAAUCCCUCCCACCGACCCCGAGCAAGAAGCAAGCAAGGCACGCCAGGCAUGGCGUCCCCAAAAGGGAGCAUGGCCAUCUUUCAGGACCGACUGAGGACGAUUCUGAGUCGAAUCACCAGAAACCAAAAUCAACCAGAGUAACAAUAGCAACAAUCAAACAAGCCAUCCAAGAAGCGACCUCUACCCCUCUCCAACAAUCCCUCCGUUGCCUUCCAUUAUCAGCAAAGCUCUUUCUGGCUGCCUUCUUAUCCCGAAUCCGCCGAACAGGUAUCUCCGAGUCUACCUUCGGCGACAUCCUAGACGAGGCGAAACGAAUCGCCGACGCUACAGUCGCGGUUACGGGCGCAGCUGCCGCCGGCGUGAAGGACUUUUUGCUUGGAAACAGCAACAGCAAUGAUGAAGGUAACAAUGGCACCGGAGCCCGCGUCAGAGCGCUAGGCUUUGCAGCUAUGGAACUUAUGAACUCGGGCGUGGUUGCGCUGGAAAAUGGGAUCGGGCUAAGGGGGCAUUUGACAGGGGGUUGUGGGAGAGGCGACAGAAGCAGUCGGGUUAGGUUGAGGGUUGCGACAGAGGAUGUUCGGGCUGCGUUCCGGGAUGAUGCAGAGGCCAAGGCGUUUGGAUUAGGGGUUGAGAUAUGAAGUUGCUAUCUGUCCAGUUGGGUCAGAUCAGAUCACGUCAUGCCAGACCGAAGCCGAAGCUGAGGCUGCGUUCUGGAAUGAACGAAUGACAUGGAUGCAUUGGGUUGGUGUACGCGUGGCUUUCAUGCUUUUUGAGCAGUUGUUGCAUUUGGUCUCUAUACAUCAUGUCUCCUGAUACCCUUCAUUUUAUUUACGUCUGAAUGUCGAUUUGUUAUAUACAGCAAUAGAUGUAGUUGGAUAUAACCAACAUCCCAACUAUGUGCUGGCCGUACCCCCAAUUCAAAUAAUAUACUCCUUAAAAGUAGUUCUAAUAAAAGGAAAAUAGGGACCUUUUUUUUGGAAAAUUAAAACCCAUAAAAUGAAAGGAAACAAAGAGACCUCGACGCUAAAGACCCUCAACUCCAUAUAGCGUAUACAUACAGUUAUGGAAAUAACAAAGUUCAAACCUAUUGUGAUUUCCGGGGUAUGAAAUAGUAAAAUAAAAUAGACGUGAAUAUUCCGAACAUGAUCAAUAUCUCUGCCUACCAAGAGUCGGAGCCCAAGUGACCGGAUGCGUCUCGGGAGUAGCCUGUUCAUCCGGUUUCCAAACCUUAAUGGUCUUGUCUGCUUCUCCCGUGAGCAAGCGAAGACCUGUCUGAUCGAAAGUCGCAGCCAUGAUACCGGCCUCGGCGUCCAAUGAACCAGGCUGAGCGGUAGUCUCCAUAUUCUGGAAGCGGUAGCCGGUUUUCCAAUCCCAGAAGCACAUGGAGCCGUUGUCGCCGCCGGAGAAGAGAACGUUGUCCUCAUUGACAGCAAGGGAGUUAAUGACGGCAUUGUGGCCUUCAAAAUUCUGCAUGAAGGCUCCCUCGGGACAUUUCCAUUGUUUGAUGCUUCCAGUGCUGGCGCUUGCGAAGGUAAACUCGCGGGGAUGAAUGGCGAUGUUUCGGACUCCCUUUUUAUGGUGGGUUAAUACGCCCAUUGUCUUUCCGGCUGCUAGGUCCCAGAGGCGAACCGUUGAGUCCAAGGAACCGCUAAUAAUCUGCGGAUCAGCUUCCUGGCAUUUAACAUCGGCAACCGUGCCCUUGUGGCCGGUGAGGACGUGGAUGUUGCUUCGAGUUCGCAUAUCCCACACUCUCACUACGCCAUCACGACCACCCGUCACCAGAAGGUCGAGUCGGGGGUGCAGAGCAAGAGUGUAAACACCACUGAGAUGGCCAUGAUAGUGACGGAUGACCUUGUUUGUUUCCAAAUCCCAGCACUUGACCAUCUUGUCCUCACCGCAGGAGAAGAGGUAGGGGUGGCGAGGUGAGACAGCAAGUCCUCUGACGGUAGAGAUGUGACCGGUGAGAGUCAAACGCAGAGCUCCUGUCGCGAGAUUCCAGAUCUUGAUAGUUCUGUCACCAGCACCGCUGGCAAACCAUUCAUUGUUCGGUUCGACGGCCAAACUGCGUACCCAUCCCAGAUGUCCAGAUAUCACUCUCAUUAACUUCCACGGAGGAUGCCAGUCCGGUCUCUGUUGUCGCGUUGCUGAUGGUCGUUGUAUGAGGCUCUUGGGACGAUCUUCCCCCGGGACCAGAGGAGCUCUCUUUACAAGAGCUGAAGAGGAACCACUCUGAUCAACGGGGGCGCUUGCUUGCGUUUGCGUUUUUAGGCGCUUUGAGCGCCCAGCUGCUGCCUUUGCCUGCUUCUCAGCUAGCGCUGGCGGAAGCUGUUGCACAUCUUGGUAUUCUGCUUUCCGUCUGUAGGAGAUACCAAUCGAUCCGUCGAUCAAUGUCGACGGGGCUACCAUGAGAUAGUCGGUGCCGAACAGUUCUGCGGUCCUCUUCGCAGACUUGCGUACGGCCUCGUCUGCCGAUGUAUGGGGUGGAAAGAUGUCCAUGGUCCGUUAGCAACGUGCAGGCGCGAAUAGAAGGGGUUCGUUUUAGAGAGAAUGCUGCUAGGAUUGCGCGGGCGAAAUGCACGUGUAAAAACCCUGCACAGGGUUUUGAGGUUUCCGCGUAGAGUAGACUGGCGGGGGAAUUCAGCGCAUCGGUAUGAAUUGAAAGAUACCCUUCACUUGGUCUUGUGGAGAUCGCAGGUAAAAACUGAUGCGAAAAACACAAUGGAGAUAUGCGCG